AUGGUCCUCGCCUACGGAAAGCUCUUGGACACGUCCCGCUGGUCACAAGCCAGGCGAGCGUGGAUCUCCUUUUUCUUCUGGGUCAUCCCCCAAGCCAUGUGCUUCAUCUGGAUCGGCAUUGAGUACAGCAAGUUCGGCGGAGGCAAAAUCGACGAGGCUCUCGACUAUGAGUUGCACACCCGAAGAUGGGCCGAAGCUUACCUUCCCUAUCUGAUCAUGUUCUCAACCGGUUACUGGACCCAAUUAUCCCUCUACUGGAUUCUUGGAACCUUCUCCACGGACGUCGGAUCCUCCUCCCGCUCAGGCGGUCUGUUCCGCGCCUUUGAGACGGCCGGCCAGGCCGUCUCGUACGCUCUCAACUCCAAGACCAGCGCCGACCCUAGAAUUCCCUUCUACGUUAAUGCUGCGCUGAUGGCCAUCACCAUUCCGUGCAUGGUCUUCCUCAUCAGGCUGGUUCCUGAUGCCCCUGCUGCUACGGACAUAGAUGCGGGAGACGUUGUUGAGGAUCAGGCAGAACGGGAUCCUGAUAACAAAUAG